UUAAACUUCUCGGACUGAGAACAACAUCUUACUAAAAGCUUAAAUUACUUUUUCCCCCUUUUUCUACUUUUUCAUCUUUACCACAAAUGAGGAGAGAAAACACGAGAAAAAGAAGACGAAGAAGAAGAAAGGGGCUCUCCAUCAGCUCACCUUCCCGUCACUUCACACCAACUCUGAGGGUUCAGGCGAUCAGCCAGGCGGAGAUGAAAAGCUGCCAAUGAGAGGAUGCUACAGUAAGACCCGGCCAUGGCUGCCCAUCGAAUCAUCAGAGUGACGAACAACAACCUCAUCCUCCCUCGCUGUAAAUCUGAGGGGACGCUCGUAGACCUCAGUGAAGGGGUCACCGGAGCCAGUCUCAGUGAUGUCAAAGUGCCUUCUCCCAGUGCCUUAAGGCUGGACACGUCUGCCUCCUAUGGCGCCGCUCAAGAAGUGGUUGCCAUAAAGGAUUAUUGCCCCAGCAGCUUUACAACACUGAAGUUCUCCAAAGGUGAUCGCCUCUAUGUGCUGGACACGUCAGGUGGAGAGUGGUGGUACGCCCACAACAACACGGAAAUGGGCUACAUCCCGGCCGCCUACGUCCAGCCGGUCAACUUCAGGAACUCUUGUCUUAGCGACAGUGGGAUGAUUGACAGUCUUGGGGAAGUGUAUGAGGAUGGGUCAAGGGAGUUUGGAGGUUUGGGGGAGUGGACUGGGAUGAUGCCGAAACCCUCCCCUAAUUAUGUCAACAGUCCUGUCUCUGUGAACCCGUUUAACCAUCCGCUAGAUCAAAACUGCAAAGAUACCGGUGUCAGGAACUCGGAUCUUAUUCUCUUUGAUGCACUGGCAUCACCAUCAUCUUGCUCCAACUUUAACACCAAUACAAUCAUGACCAAUGGGUUCAGCAACUGCCACAUUAGCAACACUACCCCAACUAGCCCAAACCAAGACAUUCUUACAAACCACCCCAGGGAUAACUCGUUUUUCAGGAGUAAACGUUCCCACAGUCUCUCAGAACUGUCCGUCCUCCAAGCGCAGUCAAAUCCAACCUUACCCUCUUCAGGAUUCUUCACAGGCCUUAAGGCUCCCUUACCAGAGCAGUUCCAGAGCAGAGAGGACUUCAGGACUGCUUGGUUGAACCACAGAAAGCUAGCAAGGUCUUGUCAUGAUCUUGACUCGCUGGGCCAGAGUCUUGGUUGGGGUCAGACUCAACCGGUGGAGACUAACAUCGUGUGCAGGCUGGACAGUAACGGAGGAGUUGUUCAACUUCCGGACACCCACAUCAGCGCCCACAUCCCUGAAGGCCAUGUCAGCCAUGGAGACCACCAGCAGAUCUCAAUGAAGGCCUUACUAGACCCUCCUCUGGAGCUCAACACUGACCACUGCUCCACUGUGAGCCCUGUGGUGGAGAUUAAGCUCAGCAACAUGGAAAUAAAGUCCUUUAUUACGUUGGAGAUGAAGGUAUCGGUAAAUGUCAAAAAGGAAAGUUGUCGCACUGCAGAGUUGCUUUGUGUUCGGAGUGACUGCAAAGAAGGGCCUUACACACCUAUUCCCAAUGCAUACAUAUACAAGGAUACAGUCCAGGUGCAGUUGGAUAGUCUGGAGCCUUGUAUUUAUGUGGCUGUUGUCGUUCAGUCACAGUAUAUCAGCCACAAUAUGACUGUUUGGGACCAUGUACAGAGGAAAGUAACUCUCGGCGUCUAUGGACCGAAGCACAUCCACCCUUCCUUUAAGACAGUUGUGGCCCUGUUUGGGCAUGACUGCGCCCCCAAGACCUUGUUGGUAGGUGAGGUUGGCAGGCAGGCAAGCUCUGCUCCACCCGUAGCGCUCCAGCUGUGGGGGAAACACCAGUUUGUGCUGGGGUACCCUCAGGACCUCCAGGUGGGAUUGUACUCCAACAUGUCCAACUACCAGGUGAAGACAACUGAGAGUGCAGGGGUGAUUCAGGGAUUUCAGCUCAAACUGGGGAAAGUUAGCAGGCUCCUGUACAUGAUCACAUCACACAACCCCAACAGCAUCUCAGACUUUACUCUCAGGGUCCAAGUCAAGGAUGCCCUCGACUGUAUCCUCACCCAGUUCUGUGUUCAAACUCCACCACCGCCACCAAAAACGGGAGCGAGGAUUACAGGUCAGAGGAGGUUUCUGAAAAAGAAAGAGGUGGAUAAGAUAGUUCUCUCCCCAUUGGCUGUCACUUCCAAAUACCCAAAAUUUCAGGACCGAUGCAUCACCAACCUUAAAUUUGGCAAGCUAAUAAAAACGGUGAUCAGGCAGCAUAAGAGCACCUAUCUGUUGGAAUACAAAAAGGGGGAUGUUAUUGCUUUGCUCAGCGAGGAGAAAAUCAAACUGCGAGGGCAACUGCGGACCAAAGAGUGGUACAUUGGAUACUAUCAGGGGAAGAUGGGUCUCGUCCAUGCCAAGAAUGUUUUAGUUCUGGGUAAAGUCAAGCCCAUCUAUUGGUGUGGGCCGGACCUGACAACCACAAUGUUGCUUGAGCAGAUCCUGAAGCCUUGCAAAUUUCUUACUUACAUUUACGCAACUGUGAGGACGGUUUUAAUGGAGAAUGUGGGCAACUGGAGGGCGUUUGCAGAUGCCCUGGGGUACGGGAAUUUACCACUGAAUUAUUUUUGCCGGACAGAGCUGGAUAAUGAGCCGGAGAAGGUGGCAUCGGUUCUGGAGAAACUCAAAGAGGAGUGUACGAAUAUGGAGAAUAAGGAGCGGAAAUCAUUCCAGAGGGAACUCAUGAUGGCGUUGCUGAAGAUGGAUUGCCAAGGUUUGGUUGCCAGACUGGUCCUGGAUUUCGUCUUGUUGACAACAGCGGUGGAGGUGGCGUCUCGGUGGAGGGAACUGGCCGAGAAACUCGCUCGAGUGUCCCGACAGCAGAUGGAGGCUUACGAGGCUCCGCACCGCGACAAGAACGGGCUGUUGGAUAACGAGUCCAUGUGGAAGCCAGCCUACGACUUCCUCCUGACGUGGGCGGCCCACGUGGGCGACAGCUACCGAGACGUGAUCCAGGAGCUCCACCUGGGCCUGGACAAGAUGAGGAACCCCAUCACUAAGAGGUGGAAACACCUGACCGGUACGAUAAUCCUCGUCAACUGCCUCGAUAUACUCAGAAGUUCUGCCUUUUGUCCAACCGGAUACGGAGAUUUUGCCGUUUGAGUGUUUUCAUCCGACUUGGGGGAACCUUUUAAAGAUUUGUCUUUGCCAGAUCGUCAUGACGAUAUUGGAUUUAUUACGUCUCGGUCCUCGGAUUCUUCUGGGGAGUUUGGCUGACGCUGGAACAUUCGUUUGACAGGAAACAACAUUUUCUGUCAAUCAAACCUUUGACCGGCUGAUUGAGAAUAUCCGGAAAUUCUCUGCGCUUUUCCUCCGCUGUGGACCUUCAGGUCAUAAUCAUACGGCCUGUUUCCAUGUUUGCUUCCCUCUUCCUUCUCUCUUUUCUACCUCGCCCUUUAUCCGUCUCAUUUCUCUUUGUCUUUCUUUUGUUAUCUUUUUGUUAUCCUUUAGUAUUAUUGUCUGAAGCUGUUUUUCUUUUCUUUUUAAACUUGCUCCGAUUAUUUCCAUUUCUUCUAACACAUCUCCCUCAGGACAACAUCAGAAACCUCAACCGCUGCGGUACACAACCACACAAACUGUGAACUUUAAACACUUACACACCUGAGACUCAGCCGGGCGAGCUCACAAACUUGGCCUGUGUUUGCUGGCUACAUUUUUACAUUAGCGUCUUCUCUCUCCACUUCUGACAUGCAUGUUUUCACUGCCUAUCCCUGGAGUAUUUCUGCAACAAAGACACAGCAGACGUCUUUAAAACAUCUGCAAUGAAAACAGUAGUUUCAUACAGUCAGAGCAUUCUGUCAGUAAUUAGCUUGCCAAAAACUAUUAGCUGAAAGCUAACUUUUCAUGUGACUCAGUGAAGUCCAUGCAGUAAAGGUACAGUGUUUGUAGACGAUAUAGUUCUAUUUUUUAUACUUUCAAUACGAUACAGAUGUUGAUUAACCAACAGUGUUAUUGUUGCCUACGUUUGGUUUGGAUUGUCUUUGUGUGCAACUCGUUUCCAUCGUGUUUCAGCCGCUCAAUAGACAGAAUUAGCCAGCCAGCUAGUUAGCAUGCUAAUGCUAAGGAUUUCUUGCAUUAAUUUGUGCAGAAAGUGCACACCUCCACAGUGACGAGCUUACUUUAUUUUCUUUUUUUUUUAAGGUGUAUUUUUGGGCGAUUGUUGCCUUUACUAGAUCAGACCGCUGAAGAGAGACAGGAAACGUGGGGAGGAGAGAGUGGGGAUGGGAUUCAAACCCAAGGCUGCUGGAACGAGGGCUACAGCCUCUGUACAUGAGGCGCACAAGAUAACCGCUCGGCUAUCUGGCGCCCCAUGACGGGCUAACUUCCUAAGAUUCUUUUCUUCUCUUGUAGAGACAGGACAGUGGAUAGAGUCAGAAAUCUGGACAGUGAGAGUGGGGAGUGACAUGCGGGAAAAGGAGGCA